CCAUAGCCCACUUUAUUUGCCGCAUUGUUUCCUAGGGUUAGGAUUGUUUGGGUUUAAAAUUCGCUCAGUGCGAUAGCUGUUGUUUCCCUCUUGUCUUCGCCUCCAAAUCUCUCAAAACCUUCAUUACAUUCCACUCACUCCGAACAACCUCCCUCCACCAACAUGGGGAAAACACGUGGUAUGGGAGCUGGGCGCAAGCUGAGGACCCACCGCAGGAGGCAGAGGUGGGCUGAUAAGGCAUACAAGAAGUCUAACCUUGGAAAUGAAUGGAAGAAGCCAUUUGCCGGUUCUUCCCAUGCUAAAGGAAUUGUCCUUGAGAAGAUAGGUAUCGAGGCUAAGCAGCCGAACUCUGCCAUCCGAAAGUGUGCUAGAGUUCAAUUGAUCAAAAACGGCAAGAAGAUUGCUGCUUUUGUUCCAAAUGAUGGUUGCUUAAACUACAUUGAAGAGAAUGAUGAGGUGUUGAUUGCUGGAUUUGGACGAAAGGGUCAUGCGGUUGGUGAUAUUCCUGGUGUUAGAUUCAAGGUUGUGAAGGUGUCUGGUGUUUCACUCUUGGCACUCUUCAAAGAGAAAAAAGAGAAGCCUAGAUCUUAAGUUUGCAAUGAGGAAAAGAUGGCUUUCAUGAUCUUUCUAUAGUUUUACUUAAAACUGAGAGCAUUCUGUUGCCUGGUAGCUUUUCUGGACUUUUGUUUAUUUUCUGGCUAUUAUUGUAUUGAAUUUUUGGUGUCAUCGUUUGAUCAAAAAGAUUUUGGUGCUUUA